ACCAGUGUGAAAAUGUAUCCACUCACUACUGUAAGUCACUCUGGAUAAAAGUGUCUGCUAAAUGACUCAAAUGUAAGCAGGUUGUGGGGGAAAAUAUGAUUUUCACCAAUUCAUAUACAUUUUUUGUGUUGCUCGUAUCUAAACCAAAGGAGAUCAUUUUAAAAUUAUACCCUUCAGUUGGGGUCUCUAUAAGCUUGAAUAUGAGUUCCUAAACCUAGCAUGAAAGUCCAUCCUUGUAGCUGUGUGGGCUGAUAUAGUCAAAUGUUUGCCUUGGGGUAAGUUGAGCAAAUAGAUGUGUUUUCCUCCCAGAUGUAAUGCAUGGCAUUAUCACUGGGAUAUGAGCUAACAACAAGGUCAACAAUAAUAAUAAUAAUAAUAAUAAAGCACUAAGUGUUUGUUUGGUGUUAAGCUUGUGUUAAAGGACGCUUCAAUUAUUUAAAGACAAAAAAGUGAUUGUGAUUGUGUUGAAUUGUGUUUGGGAAAUAAACUGUCAUGUUUACAUGAAUUCUGAUUAUUUCCAAGGAUACACAAAAUCUUGAAAUAUAUGUAGAUAUCUUUGAUAGAAAGAAUACUAUAUUUCCCUUGACGGAGAGAUGCUGAAUGUAAAAAAUGGCUCAAUUGACCCUACUAUGGAACAUUUAGUUCAAAUCAAAAAGGGAUUGAAUUCAAAUGGAUUUGCCCAAGAUCUUACCUACACUGUUGCUCUCUGUGAGCUCUGUAUUGUAUUGUGGUUGCAUAAUUGCCAGCAUAUUAUGGUCGAGUCACUGUGGAACAUUAUUUGGUGAUUGUCUCUUUCUUUCUACAUGUCAUCUCUGGUCUUUGGCAGCAGAGUGCCUCAGCCAUACUGUAGAGACAUUCUCUUUUCAUCUAUAAGCUCCUAGGAGAGGCCCAAAGAUAGAAGCACAUCCUCUGUUCUGUCCUCAGAGACAAGCCUGAGAAUGAGAGGGAAAUUAGGUGUUUGGGAGGAAAGAGGAAGUCAAAGAGCAUAAGCAGUAGAGAUGGAAAGUGGUUUUAGGCUGAAGCAGGGGAAUAUGGGAGAUGGAGAAUCUGCUAUACUGUGAGGACAAAUUCUACUUCUGUUUUGUGUGUUAGUUUAGAAAGACCAAGUGAAAGAGUAAAGGCCGAGAGGGGCUCAGACGUGGCUUUCUUCACAGCAGACACAAUACCUUGAACGACACAAAAGCUUUAAAAUCAAAUACUGUCAUAAAGUCAAAUACCAAGGGGUCUACUGCUUCCUGAACAACAGUGUGUUGGUGUCUCAGGGGGACAGGGAUCUGGAAACAAGUAGAUAGGGAGCAGGAGAUAUAGGAGCUACAGGGGCCACGGUGUCUAUCUGGUCCUCUGUUUCCCUGUGAGGCUGUCUUUGUGUCAGGGAUCGAGAGGUGGACACACAUACAGCCAAGGACUGGCUAACAGCAGGACUAAACCACUCUGAAGGGCACUGGAGGGCCACUGGGCAGAAGGUUGGCAUCUGGCUGGCAGAGAGCGGGCACUGUGGUGGGCAGGCGACCGCAGCAUCGAGAUUACAGAUUAGGCAGAACAGCAGGUCAGGGCACAUUAUCCUGACACAAUCUGUACUUCCACCAACACCACACCGCAGAAUUCAAUUAAACCCUACUGCUCCUGCUACUGGCAGGCAGUGGCCCAGCCUCACACACAUACACAUAUACACAAAUAAUCUCCACUGCUGGACAGCUACUGAGCCCCCCUCGCUUCCCUGCUGUCCUGUUUGACGAUCAGCGCCAGAUGGAGUGAUGUGAUUUUUUGAUUUUGAUUGGUUUAUCUUUUUUUUCAAUCCAGUCACUCAUUGCCUCACGGUUCCUUGGAGAUCAUUCAUUGGUAAGCUGUUUUAAGGUCACCAUAUCUACUUUUCUUAAGAUUCUGGGUCAGUCCCCUUUGUCAUUAUGGUCAGAAUGCUUUGAUUACUUUGGGGGUUUUACUGUAUUCUGUUUUUACUCUGGCUGAAAACCACUGGAAUUUAGACAGAGAACCUGGACCCAGGGCAUUAGAAGGGCUGGUAGAUGCUCAGUCUGCCAACACAGGGACACACACCACUCACAGCCUCAAUGAGAACUAGACUACAGGGCUCCAGACCCUAUGUUUCAGAGCUGAACCCAAGGUCCUGAGUAGCUCUGCUACUCUGAGAUGACACUAAUGACUCAGUACCUGACUUUUACCAUGGAUAUCACUGUAGGUGGAUACGACUGCUAACCAAGGUUAACGGAGCGUGAUAGGCUCUGACAGGUUCUCAGACUAACAGUGUACAAUUUGUGUUGAGUUCGUCAGUUUUUUAUGUGCAGACACUCUGCUGGAGCUCCCAUCCAGGACUUGAGCAGUGCUGUGUGUGGAAAGUCGGGGCUGGGUGGAAGGUGUGAAGAGCGGCAGCCACGUGUGGAGAGACAGAGAGUGAAGGGAGCAACACACAACUCUGGGAGAAACUGUUUAGAGUGAGACACUGAGAGACACACUGUGGUGCAGCGGCUCUCCCUCUCUCUGUUUGACGGACUGGAAGAGUGUUCUCUCUGAGCCAGUGUGAGCCAGCCUGCACGCUGAGUGGAGCUGAGGCCAGUAGGGUGGGGACAGUGGCAGGGAGCGGUGCAUGGCAGUGGGGGGGGCGGGUGCCGUCCGUCACCCAGCACCGGGAGGGGCGCUGGGGUUGGGGCUGGGUGUGGGGCGGCCCUAGGGGGGCGAGGGGCCAGAGGUCAGGGAAGCUGAGGCCCUGGUUGACAGGCGGGGCCAGCGUGGAGCGGGGGUGUCGGUCGGGGUCUAGCGACGGUGGAGGAGGGGGCAUGCGGUGCUCACUGAGGGUGUGGGUGCUGCUGGGCUCCCUGGGCCUGGUCUUUCUCACCUCCCUCUUCUUCUCCAUCUCCCUGAGGGGGGGCGUCGGCCUGCCCUACCUGGACCCACCCGGAUGGGAGGAGUCUCGCCGAGUUAAACUAGUGCCCAACUACGCUGGUGCCCACCAGCUAAGCCCUCUAGAGGGCACCCAGCAGGAGAAGACAUGUGCCUGCCCCCGCUGUGUGGGAGACCCUGGGGUGUCGGACUGGUUUGAUGAGAACUACGACCCGGACAUUUCCCCCGUGUGGACACGGGACAACAUCCAGCUGCCUUCAGAUGUCUACUAUUGGUGGGUGAUGCUGCAGCCUCAGUUCAAGCCCCACACUAUCCAGCAGGUGCUGCUGCGGCUGUUCCAGGUGAUCCCAGGCCGCUCCCCCUACGGCUCUUGGGACCCCGCUCGCUGCCUGCGCUGUGCAGUGGUGGGGAACUCAGGCAACAUGCGUGGGGCUGGGUAUGGGCCCACCAUAGACGGCCACAACUACAUCAUGAGGAUCAACCUGGCUCCCACGGUGGGCUAUGAGGAGGAUGCAGGCAGCCACACCACUCACCACUUCAUGUACCCAGAGAGUGCCAAGAACCUGGCAGCCAAUGUCAGCUUCGUCCUGGUGCCCUUCAAGACCCUGGACCUGCUGUGGAUCACCAGCGCACUCUCCACUGGACAGAUCCGCUUUACCUACGCCCCUGUGAAGCAGUUUCUACGGGUGGACAAAGACAAGGUUCAGAUUUUUAACCCAGCCUUCUUCAAGUACAUCCAUGACCGCUGGACCAGGCACCACGGACGCUACCCCUCCACAGGCAUGCUGGUUCUGUUCUUCGCUCUGCACGUGUGCGACGAAGUGAAUGUUUUUGGCUUUGGCGCUGACAGUCGAGGCAACUGGCACCACUAUUGGGAGCAGAACCGCUACUCUGGAGAGUUUCGGAAAACAGGGGUACAUGACGCAGACUACGAGGCCCAGAUCAUCGACUCGCUAGCGAAGGCCGGAAAGAUCCAAGUUUUUCCAGGAAAGUGAGGGCUGGAGGUGUGGUGGGCUGGCUUACAGGAACACUAGAGUAACCAUCGCCACCAUCUUUAUGUGCUUAGUUAUCUGUUUCUUUGUGAUUUGCAUAGAGAGGGUUCCAUAACACUAGAUCAUACGUUGCCUGAUGACCCUGUUCCCAUUGUGCAGGAGGGUAAGUUGCUGAUGGUUGUGAGUGGAACUACAUGUGACUACACACUCUGCCCCCAACAGGCCUACCUCCAUAGCCCUCAGCCCUGAGGAGAAAUGAACGGACAGAACUAUAGGAAUAAUGUAGUGGGGGAGGAGAAGUCUGGCCUAGCCACUGUAUGGACCUGUGAACCAGUCCCAUCCACAAUCCCACCUCCUGCUCAUCCGCAGGGGGUUGAGUCAUCACACGCCUUAGGGGUCUCACACCCAGAGACUCAGCCCCCCGCCCACUCUGUAGCCACCACCCUAAAUGUCAUGGCAACAAGUGACGGACACUGAUCUACCCCUGCCGUGUUCACACCCACCUGUAUAGCUGCUGUUAAAGCCCCCUUGCCCCUCGGAGCUGGGAGUACUAGGUAGUUGAAGUUUCCGUGAUUGGAAGUCCAGAGGCUUACUGUUGUAAUUAUAUGACUAUCAUGUUGAAGGUAUGUACGGCCCACAGGGAUUUGACCACAUAUACAGUAUUAACCGUUUGAUUUGUUUUAACCAUUUUAAGUGACUAAUCAUCCUGCUAAUUAGGUGGAUUGGGGAGAGGCUUACACAUGGUCAACAACAACACAAGCAGACAUAUCGCGAUAAGACUAACACUACUCACUCAUUAACAUACACACACACUCUUCCACACAUACACCGUUCACACAAUGUUCUUGGUCAUUUAGAGCUAAUACCACUAAGUAUAGGACUGAGUACAAAGAGCUCACACUAAAAUGACCUGCUGCCUCCUGCUGCCUGUUAAGGGAUACUGCAUCACUCUGAGGCCCAUACAUUAUAUGUACAUAGGACAAACUGAAGGCUGCCUACUCUGUGUCUAAUGAUGGCCACUUGAUAAUGGAAAGUAAUAUGGCACAACAUAACUAACCCGACUGCUAGUAAAAAAUGCCACUAUAUUUUCAGAUCAGAGUUUAGGAACUCUAAAAAGAUAGGUAGCUUAGCGGGUAGUCUAGGCAGGUAGUCUAGCAAUUAAGAGUGUCGGCCAGUAACUGAAAGGUUGCUGGUUCAAAUCCCUGAGCUGACUCGGUUAGAAAUCUGUCUGUGCUCUUGAGCAACACACUUAACCCUAUUGCUUUUGUAACUAGCUCUGGAUAAGGGCGUCUGCUAGUUUAGUUAAAUGUAAAAACUGUCUUUAGUCCUGGCUGCAGUAGUUAUUAGCCAGUUUGGCAAUGUGACAUUCAGUCAAGGAUUUCUGCUGUUGUGUAAUCCUAUGAUGAUAUCAUAAAUAUGGUAAAUACCAUUAUUAACUACAUGAUAUACUUGUAUUAUAUCUAUCCUUUGCACAUCAUGGAGUUCUUAUCUGACACUCUGACAUUGAGUUGGGCAGAUCACUGUAACUGAUUCCUAUACAUACUCAGUUCUGUGUGGAAUUUUUGUUUUGUUUCAGGUAUGUGUCUCUACCUGACACACAUACUUUAAGGACAUCUACGGAGUGCCAGUGAGUUUUUAUAAGCCCUCACUCCUUACUAGUGUGUGUGAGAGAGUGCUGUAAACAAAAUUGUGUGAUUUACUUAGUGUUGUCAAAGUGAGAUUUUCAGUUAGACCCCUCUCAUAAACAAAAUAGACACAUAUCAGAAAUUUACAGCAAUGUGACAACACACACACACAUCCAUGCUUGCGUGCCUUGUCCCAGUGUUGGACAUACCUUUCCUGCAGUGCACCAUAAACCUCAGUACACGUGUGCUACCUUAAGCUUGAUUUAGUCUGCACAGGACAUUCACACAAACCCUACCCUACUAUGGGUACUGCUAUUGUGAUCAUAACAGCGUGUCAGCCAUGUCUCUUACACACAUACACAUAUUCUGAGGGCUUCAAAUGUCUUCUCUGACUUAGACCAUACACCUUAUAUUAUACCCACCCCCUCUGGUCUCGCCUGGCUGAGAGCUGUGCCUUCUGGACCCAUAUGAUUCACUCUGCCUUUCUCUUGGAGCCACGUAGAGGCUUCCUUUAUGCUGUUGCUUUUUAAACAACUCAUUAUCUAGAGAUUAAAGAAAAUCAACUCUUAUCUGUGACUAGAAAUGGGUAAAGUUGAUGACUAUGGUUGUAUUCAUUUGCUCUUCUCAAUCAGUGUUUUGCCAUUGUGUCUGUGAUUCGUAUCUGCUGAGGUAUCGUGUUCAAGAUGACAGCCGAUGGCAUUGUGUCUAGUGGUUAAAACAUGUCUCCACCUUAUGUCUGUGUUUUACAUGGAAUGUUUCUUAGUAAGUAUACCCAACACUUUCCUGGGUGAUCCUACUGACUACGCCAGAAAUAAAAUGUGCAAUACAUACUCAAAGAAAAUCAAACACAAUGGACAUUGUUCUAAUGAUUGGACAUAACUUUGAUUCAGUUACUCCCAAUUACUUUUGUAAUAACUGUUUAUACAACAGGACAAAACCCAUAUCUACUGUAACAAUAAAGCUAGCACAUUGAAGCUGAACGCCACGUUUUAGCCCAACGUGCUUAAGGAUACAGUAUGUUCCCCAAUAUGUUGUUUGAUUGCUGUGUACACUGUGGGGAACUGACUGUGUAAAAGGUGAGAAAUCCUUUUCAACUCUGCUGUCCCUGAUAGUAUUAUUCCGUAAUGGAUAGUUUUGAAUGUAUUUGAGUUCAUCGGGUCUGGCUUGAGUGGCUUCUAGUGAUAACUGAAUGGUCUCUUAUGAAGAGUGGCUUCUAGUGAUAACUGAAUGGUCUCUUACGAAGAGUGGCUUCUAGUGAUAACUGAAUGGUCUCUUAUGAAGCAUCUAUGCUGUUGCAGUGUUUUGAUGGUUUCAUCUCCAGCUCUUCAUUAGAGGUCUCUUGUGCACAACAACAUAUACCGACAACAGACUGAUGGUACCAUCAGUGUUACUAUCAUUAUUACCAAUAGUAUCCUCAUUAGUAUUAUGACUGUCAUUGGUUGUAAGCACUCUCUCCUUACUACUUAAAACCUCAGUGUGUGUGAUGGACUGUUUUUAAUCACAUGCUGUUGUGAAAAUAAAAGCAACAUGAAA